GUCUGACUGGCUAUUGCCAAAUGGCUUUGCUGGCGGUAAAGUUGAGCCUGAGGUGCUGGCGGGGCGAUGUGUAGCGACUUUCUCAAAGCCGAAUCCGGGACGGAGCUCCUUGCCCGGCUUGAAGGAAGGAGCUCCUUGAAAGAACUCGAACCCAGCCUGUUUGCUGAUGAAGAUUCACCAGUGCAUGGUGAUAUUCUCGAAUUUCAUGGUCCAGAAGGAACGGGAAAAACGGAAAUGCUUUAUCACUUAACAGCCCGGUGUAUACUUCCAAAAUCAGAGGGCGGACUGCAAAUAGAGGUCUUAUUUAUCGAUACAGACUACCACUUUGACAUGCUCCGCCUCGUGACGGUUCUCGAGCACAGGCUGUCGCGGAGCUCGGAGGAAGCCAUCAAGCUCUGCCUGGGGAGGCUCUUCCUGGCCUACUGCAGUAGUAGCAUGCAGUUACUGCUCACGCUGCACUCGCUGGAGGCGCUCUUCUGUGGCCACCCCUCCCUCUGCCUCCUCAUCAUCGAUAGCCUGUCGGCUUUCUACUGGACGGACCGCGCCAGUGGAGGAGAAAGCAUGGCCCUGCAGGAAUCGACCCUGAAGAAGUGUUCUCAGCUCCUGGAGAGACUCGUCACUCAGUACCGCUUGCUGCUAGUCGCCACAACGCAAAGUCUAAUGCAGAAAGCCUCGGACCCCGCACAGGGGCCCUCUUCCUCCAAGCUUCCAGGCGACGGGGCCCUGGACUACAGAGCCUAUCUCUGCAAGGCCUGGCAGAAGGCUGUGAAGCACAGAGUCAUCUUCUCCAGAGAGGACCAGUCAGAGAGCAGCCGCUUCUUGUUGGUUUCACAUCAUUUAAAAAGUAACAGUUUAAAAAAACACACUUUUAUGAUCAGAGAAAGUGGGGUGGAGUUUUGUUGAUCUGUCAUCCAAAAGGCUUUGGAGAGCUCUGAGGCAAGUCUUUAAAAGUCUUCUGUAGGCUAAAGUGGUUUGAUUCUAAAGUUUUUGAUUCUGGGGAAAUUAAUACAAACAGUACAGUAAGACUUGAAGCUCCUCUGUCCCUCUAGCCUCUGGAAGGUGUCAGCACGCUGCACCCCACUGUCCCUCUAGGCUCUAGAAGGCGUUAGCACGCUGCACCCCACAGUCCCUCUAGGCUCUGGAAGGUGUCAGCACACUGCACCCCACAGUCCCUCUAGGCUCUGGAAGGUGUCAGCACACUGCACCCCACAGUCCCUCUAGGCUCUGGAAGGUGUCAACAUGCUGCACCCCACUGAGCUUGUUUGGAACUCAGUAAAUGAUACAUGUUUCAGACUAAGUCUGUUUCUAGUGCUUAGGAAGGGUUCACUGCUGGCCUUGGCCUCCUUGAGGAGCUGUGGCUGGAGAGGGUGGGCAGAGCUGUUACUUCAAAGAGAUGAGCACAGGGAUCACCUGCUCAGCUGCCUCCAUCUAGAAGCUGGUGGGCUGGGUGUGAUGUACUCACCUUGAAUUCCCAGCACUGGGAAAACAGAGGCAGGUGGAUCUGUGAGUUCAAGACCUGCCAGGUUUAUAUAGUGAGUUCCAAGACAGCCAGGGCUACAGAAUGUCUUAAAAAGCCAACCAGUAGACAGACAGACAGACGAAGCUGGAAUGUUUCUAAAUACAUGAAGCUGGACUGUCUGAGCCCUCCUCCUCCUUCCUCUCCCCAGCACCCCUCUGAGGGUGUCACUAUGUUUCCUUUAUA